AUGGCAUCACACGCACUCGACCCCUCCUCCCUCGUCACCUUCGGCAGCGCAGCAGCAGGCCACGAUGGCGUCCUCUCCGAUUCCUCCGGCACCCUCGUAAUAAAACCCUGCACCCCCGCCGAGAUCGCCUUCUAUGAGUCCGCCAACACCUCCCAUCCAGAUCUCGCAGCCUACAUGCCUCUUUACAUGGGGACGCUCCAGCUCAGUGCGCCCGACGCCGCCGCAGCCUCCACAGCAUCCACGGGGGACGAAGUCGGCACGGCAGCCUCGCUCGCGCUCUCAGACCCCGGCCCGCUGAAGGGCAAGAAACUUGACACGGGUGUCUCGAUCGUGCUCGAGAACGUGGCCGCCGGGUUCAGGAAGCCAAAUAUCAUGGACAUCAAGCUUGGUGCGCGGCUGUAUGAUGAUAGCACUAAGCCUGAGAAACGGGCACGGCUGGAUAAGGUCGCGGCUGAGACGACGAGUAGUUCGUUGGGCUUUAGGAUUGCGGGGAUGAGGACGUGGCUGGGUGGGGAGGAUAGCAUGGCUGAGAGGGAUGGGGAUGAUACGAUAAGCUUUGAGGCGGGCAGUGGGUACAAGCUGUUCAACAAGCUGUACGGGCGCAAGUUUGCUGCUGAGAAUGUGGUUGAUGCAUUUCGGGAAUACGUGCUUGUCCCAUCGGCAGGCGUCAGUAAGGUGCAGGCGGCGAACUGCGUACAGCGCUUCAUAAGGGAUCUGAAAGAUCUUCAGCAGAUUUUCGAGAAGAUCGAGAGUCGCAUGUACUCUGCAAGCAUCCUGCUGGUCUACGAGGGCGAUCCAGAUGCCUAUGCCGCUGCAACAAAAGCGGAAACGGAGUACUCUGCACAGGAAGAGAUGCAAGAGGAUGACGAGGAGGAAGAGGAAGAGGCGCCGCCCAAGAUAGCGGUUGUCAAGCUUAUCGAUUUUGCUCAUGCAUCGUGGACGCCGGGCCAGGGACCGGAUGAGAACCUGUUGCAGGGCGUUCGGAGCACUAUCAGGAUUAUGGAGGAGCUUGCGGCAGAGUUGGGAACCAGCUAG